UUUUGCUCCCUGUAUGGCAAGACCAGACUCUCCCUGUUUGAAACCAACUCAGGACACCAAUUUCUGCCAUUUGUCUGUUUUUCAGCAGCUGCAGGAAGAAGAAGAUAGCCUCAGCUCCCCAGAGAUCACCUGUGCUACAAAAGAUGAUCUACAAAAGCUGGAGGCUUGGAUUCAGGAGAGGAAGCAAUUCCGAUCUCAGCUGGAAAGCUUAGGAGAUGUUGAAAAAUGGCUGAGUCAUAAACCUACCUAUAGCUACCUGGAAGCAAGAGUCAGGAAACGACUGAUGGCAGCUAGAGUAGACCAGAGGGCUGAAAGCAAGUCAGUCGUGACCGACAGGCCAGACUGCUCACCACCACCAAGGAGCCAGACCCGGAAGAAGGGUAGCCCUCCCCUUAUUUGUGCACCAUACCCUCAAGCUCUUAUCACGCUGCAUAACCUCCUGCAGCAACAGAAGUUGACAAUGGUGGACAUCUUCAGAAGGGCUGGAAUGGAACAGAGAAAGAUCAUGAGAGCAGACUUCAUUAAAGUCAUCAAGGAGACAAAAGUUCCCAUCAGUGACAAGGAACUGGAGGAUGUGGUCAUCUUCUUGACUUCUUCAAAACGGGGGAAUUUUAUAAGCAAUGAAGAUCUGAUUGAAUGUCAAAAGCAGUGGCUGGCAAUGAGGAAAGAACAGCCCAAAGAGACCAGCAAAGGUGAGAGGAGAACCCUGGGCUGGGAAUCUAUCUCUACAUCCUUACAGAGGCCUUAAAAGUACACAGGUGGCACUAGGGAAUGCCAAAGUGGAUCCAGAAUAUGGCUCCUUGCAACUGUUGUCCAGCAGUGGGGUUGCGGAAAGGAGACCUCUGGGGAGAAGCUAAAGAAUCCAGGGGAAGUGCAAUACUCAGCCCAUUUGUGGGAGACAGCUUAUCCGGUCUUUUAG